AUGUAUCAUCAUCAUCAUCAUCAUCAUCAUCAUCAUCAUCAUCAUCAUCAUCAUCAUCAUCAUCAUCAUCAUCAUCAUCAUCAUCAUCAUCAUCAUCAUCAUCAUCAUCAUCAUCAUCAUCAUCAUCAUCAUCAUCAUCAUCAUCAUCAUCAUCAUCAUCAUCAUCAUCAUCAUCAUCAUCAUCAUCAUCAUCAUCAUCAUCAUCAUCAUCAUCAUCAUCAUCAUCAUCAUCAUCAUCAUCAUCAUCAUCAUCAUCAUCAUCAUCAUCAUCAUCAUCAUCAUCAAUCAUCAUCAUCAUCAUCAUCAUCAUCAUCAUCAUCAUCAUCAUCAUCAUCAUCAUCAUCAUCAUCAUCAUCAUCAUCAUCAUCAUCAUCAUCAUCAUCAUCAUCAUCAUCAUCAUCAUCAUCAUCAUCAUCAUCAUCAUCAUCAUCAUCAUCAUCAUCAUCAUCAUCAUCAUCAUCAUCAUCAUCAUCAUCAUCAUCAUCAUCAUCAUCAUCAUCAUCAUCAUCAUCAUCAUCAUCAUCAUCAUCAUCAUCAUCAUCAUCAUCAUCAUCAUCAUCAUCAUCAUCAUCAUCAUCAUCAUCAUCAUCAUCAUCAUCAUCAUCAUCAUCAUCAUCAUCAUCAUCAUCAUCAUCAUCAUCAUCAUCAUCAUCAUCAUCAUCAUCAUCAUCAUCAUCAUCAUCAUCAUCAUCAUCAUCAUCAUCAUCAUCAUCAUCAUCAUCAUCAUCAUCAUCAUCAUCAUCAUCAUCAUCAUCAUCAUCAUCAUCAUCAUCAUCAUCAUCAUCAUCAUCAUCAUCAUCAUCAUCAUCAUCAUCAUCAUCAUCAUCAUCAUCAUCAUCAUCAUCAUCAUCAUCAUCAUCAUCAUCAUCAUCAUCAUCAUCAUCAUCAUCAUCAUCAUCAUCAUCAUCAUCAUCAUCAUCAUCAUCAUCAUCAUCAUCAUCAUCAUCAUCAUCAUCAUCAUCAUCAUCAUCAUCAUCAUCAUCAUCAUCAUCAUCAUCAUCAUCAUCAUCAUCAUCAGCACAACAAGAUGAACACUGGAUUCAUAGAACUAGUUGA